AAUAUACGAUCCUGUACCCGCCUGAGUUGAACCGGGCCGGAUCUUUGUUCCCAAUUCUAAAACCCUACCGAAAAUCCAACCCUCCCCCAAACCCUGUCGUCCGGCUCUCCUCUGCUUCUGUCACUCACAAUGCUCUCCCGUCUCCUCCCCAAAUCCUCACAUUUCCGUCGGCUGACCCGACUCUCCUCCAAAUCACAUCCAUAUCCCCACUCCCAUUUCCCCCCAAACCCUUAUUUCUCUCCCCUCCCCAAAUUCUUUUCUAGCGACAACAACAGCAAUGGCAAAUUUGACCAAUCCGCAUCGACUCCCUGGAAUCUCUCCGGCCAAAGCGAGGGAAAAUUCGACCAAUUCUUCACCCAGGAAUCCGGAGACGUUGCCGGGACCUCUCCGUCCGCCGAGAACGACGAGUCUUGGCUGAGAGCAAGCGAGGGAAAGACGCGUGGCGAUGAGGAGUGGGCCACAGCGGAGGGGUACAAGCCCUGGAGCUUGGUGGAGGAGGAGGACAAGGACGACUUGUUCGGUUUCAAGGAGGAGGUUGUAAGGGAGGUCGGUGAAACCGGGGUUGAGAGUAGUUACAGUACUACUUCUGGGGGUGAUGACGCUGAAAAGGAGAGGGCUGAGGAGGCUAUGAGGCUCCAGAGGGAGGAGCAGGAGCUCACUGCUAUACUCAAAGGUCCAAAUCGUGCAUUUGGCGACCUCAUUGCUGCAUCUGGAAUCACAGAUGAAAUGCUGGACAGUUUGAUUGCCCUAAAGGACUUUGAAGGGAUUGAGGGAUUGCCGCCUCUAAGUGAAAUAGAGGAAAUUCGGUAUGAUAAAAAUACGAGAAAAAACACAAGAGCAGACAUAGAGCGCCAGAAACAGGAGGAGGUUGCUAAAGCAAGAGUGAGACAAGUAGAUGACAAGGGUAGAGCUUAUGGAACUGGGAGAAGGAAAUGCAGCAUAGCCCGUGUCUGGAUUGAACCUGGUGAUGGAAAAUUCGUUGUUAAUGAUAAACAAUUUGAUGUCUAUUUUCCCAUGCUUGAUCAUCGUGCUGCUCUCCUGCGUCCUUUUUCUGAGACAAAGACCUUGGGCCUUUGGGAUGUCAGCUGUACUGUGAAAGGAGGUGGAGUCUCAGGUCAAGUUGGAGCAAUUCGAUUGGGGAUCAGCAAGGCCUUGCAAAAUUGGGAACCAGACCUUCGUCCUGCACUAAAAGAUGCUGGCUUCUUGACGAGGGACGCACGUGUGGUGGAAAGGAAGAAACCAGGCAAAGCAAAAGCAAGAAAGAGCUUCCAAUGGGUCAAGCGUUAAUUAUUGGUUUGUAUUGGAACUUGCUCUGCUGCAGGACCAGUUUUUUGUGGAACUUCAAUUUUGCUCGGAGAUACGCUUGUUUGGUCUGGUGUUUAUUUUGUAAUGCAGAUUGUAUCCGAAUGUGCUUCUUAGGUGCUGCUAGAAUUUUAGCAAUCAGCAUAAAGAAAUUAUUGUUGAAUCAAACAUUUGUUGGGUUGUUGCCUCAUUUUAGCUUAUUUUCUCUCCCCAUCAAUAGAAGUCUGAGUUUACCAUUUGAUGCAUCA